UAGCAACUCAUUAGGGAGUUUGUGCAUCUAUCAUUAUAAAGUUACUUUUUUACUAUACUUUGGUGUUGAUUCAAGGAAUCAAUUAUGAAAGUCAUAGAGCAAGGUGUCGUUGUCUUUAGUGCUUUGUCGGUAGAAGAGCAUGAAAACCAUGUUAGAAGCUAUGCUGUAGAAAAUGGGUUCACUUUGGAUGAUGCCGUUAGCAUGAUGUGCGAACCUUUUUUUAAAGAGGAUAAACCAUGUCCUGUUUGUGGUAAAAUAAAAUGCAAGCAAUUUACAGCUGAAUGUAAACAAUAUUCGAGAAUUAAUGACAAUAAAAAAUUAAGAAGCAAGCUGCUUUCUCAACCUCUAAGCGGCCUGGGAUUACUCCAAAGAUUUGAAGAAUUUAAUUCAUCGUCUCCUUUACUUCUUCAAAAUCUCAAAGAAAAUGGCAUUCCUUUAAAUAAUAAAAACAUUAACAGAUUAUUUGAUAAUGAUUUGAAAUUAAGCCAGAUGUUCUACAGAAAUAUGCCGGGAGUAAACGGAUUUGUUUAUAUCCGACAGUUUAGUGGUUCAAGAGAUCCGAUGCUUGAUUACACUAAUAAUGGUGGCCACCCACAAUGGAUACCGGGUGUUCGACUCGCAUUACAUGCAUUACUUGCAGAUAAUGGUAGUGACAACAUCAACAAUUUCCCUGAGAUGAAGGAUGCCAUUACUCGCCAGGAUUUUAACGCGGCACUAAAAUCAUUUUAUGCUAAGAUGACGUACACACAGCGUAACUUCCAAAUAGCGGAUAUAUUUGUUAAGCAAGCCGAAGCCAAAGGUCAGACUGACGCUGAAAUUAAUGAAAUAAAAGAUGCGACGAAAACUGUUCUGGAUUUUUACAAAGAAGUAUUUCAAAAGUACGGAGAUAAAGCCAAGUUAAUAGCUGAAGAAUUGGCAACGGCUGCCAAAGGGAAGCAAAUUAGGAAUGUCGAAGAAGCAAUGAGGGCUUUCGAUAAAUACAAAGAUGCUAUUAACAAAAAGUUCUCGGUAGCUGACAGGCAAGCAAUUGCUCGAGCGGUACAAUCUCUCAAUUACGACGAGGCUGCCAAGAACUUACGUCGAUUCAGCAAAGCUUUUGGAGUUGCUGGAACAGGUAUUGAUGCUCAUUCAUUAUACCAGGAGCUGCGCAAAGCAUCAGAAACAGGAGACUGGAGGCCAUUCUUUGUUAAGGCGGAAAGCAUUGCCGCUGGUAUGGGGGCAUCAGUUAUUGUAGGCAUUGCAUUUUCCUUCUUACUGGCCGCGGGGCCUUUAGGAAUAUUUGCAUAUGGUGCAAUCAUGGUAGCCGUAGGAGCUAUGGUUAACGAAGAAAGAGUCGGUAGAGUUCAUGACCUUAUCUUCAAUUAAACACUUUACAGUCAGAAAAUUAGUGAGUUUUAGAACAGAACGUUUUAGUGACAGUUUUAAAGAGCUGCCAUAUAUACAAAAAACUGCAAACAUUUUCUAAAUGCUCAAAUAUUACUAAGACGAAAAGUUAUUUUUGAUUUUUAGUAAAAUAAAAGCUUGU